AUGCCAGAAAUAACAAAGAUAAAUAUUGAACAAGCCGUUGAAAAUUCAAAAAAUUCACUAGCAUUUCUUACAUUAACAACUCAUGAAAAGGAUAGAACGAACGCAUCUCAUGAAAUUUUUAAAUCGACAUGGCAAAACAAUUUUUCUGCUCCAGUUGAAGAUUUGUUAAAUGCAGGUGGCGCAAAAGUUCUUGAUGCUGGCUGUCAUCCCGCCGCGCCUUGGUUAAUGGAUAUGGCAAAAGAAUAUAACAAUUGUAAUUUCUUUGGUACCGAUAUUUUACCCAUUCCUGAACCAAAAAACAAACCAAGGAAUCUUAAUUUUUACCAAUGCGAUACCUUGUGUGGAUUACCUUUUGAAAAUAAUACCUUUGAUUUUGUAUAUCAGAAAAUUUUGGUUUCAUCAUUUUCGGUUGAAGAUUGGGCGAAAGCCAUCAAUGAAUUAAUUAGGGUUUUGAAACCUGGAGGCUAUUUGGAGCUUAUGGAAUUCGAUGAUAAAUUCUGGAAUGGAGGUCCAGAAGGAGACCGAUGGAUCUCGUAUAUGCAUAAGAUGUAUGAAUCUAAAGGAAUAGAUCCCUAUAUUGUUUACAGGUUACCAUCGAUGUUAGAAUUAACUGGGAGACUCAACAACAUUCAACAUGAAGAAAAAAGAUUUUAUUUCGGUAUGCCCGGAAGGAUUGGUGAAUUGAUUAAUUUCCAUUAUUCCGGAUUAUUCACAAGUUAUAAGAAACCCAUCGUUGAUUUUGUAGAUGAUUUAAGUUAUGAUGAUUAUGAUGAAAUGAUUGAAAAGGUUCUCGAAGAAUUUGAAGAAAAUCACACUUCAAUUAAAACUAGUAGAGUUUAUGGACAGAAAAUUUAG